GUUUUUUUGCCUGAUCACGUGACCUUGGCUGACGGCGCUACAUCCGGUUUCCGGGCCUGGUCCACUUCCUUUCCGCCUGCACGCGCUCUGUGGUGAACACGCGUUACCCCUUUACUCUUCGCGAAGAUGCGUUACGUAGCUGCUUACCUGCUGGCUUCCCUCAGUGGCAAAGAGAAUCCCAAUGCCAGCGACAUCAAGAAGAUCCUGGAGAGUGUCGGCAUCGAGGCUGAUGAUACUCGCAUGGGGAAGGUCGUGUCAGAACUUAAUGGCAAAUCAGUUGAGGAUGUGAUUGCUCAAGGUUACAGUAAACUAGCCAGUGUGCCAGCUGGUGGCGCUGUUGCGGUGGCGGCAUCUGGUGCUCCUGCUGCUGGAGGAGCUGCAGCUCCUGCAGCUGCAGCUGAGGAGAAGAAGGAGGAGAAGAAAGAGGAGUCUGAAGAAUCCGAUGAUGACAUGGGAUUCGGACUGUUCGACUAAACCAUAUAUUCGGGAUCAAAAUAAAUUUUGUUUAAAAAAAAAAA